AUGCCUUCCGACAUCCCUUUACGACGAUGGGCAGCAACGAGCACCUACAAUCUGGCCAAGUUACAAGAACUGGCGCAGCAACUGCAACUUCCAGAAUUCAACCUCAAGCCAGCACUGGAGAGAUUAACCUCAUUUGAUGUACCUGAUUUCGCUACAGCUGAGGAUAAUCAGCAAGCAGAUAUCGUCCUGAGUAGAAGGUCCAAACCACUAAUUCGGACUAAGAAGCGACUGGAAAGUCAAACCUACAAGAUUGUCGCUGAGGUGUUACCCGACAUAGUUGAAAAAGAUGGAAAUACCGGUCUCGCCCAAGCAUUUAUAAGAAAGGCCCCAAACCCUGAGGUGGUUGAAAAUGUCAAGCAGAGACAAACUAUGGUCAAGCAACGAGAUGCCCUGUUAGAGUCAGCCGUCAACAGUGACAAUGUUGCGCUUGUCUGGCUGUUGGCCUCGACGUGUUCUCAACCCGGACGAAACCAUGCUCUUCGGACCGCUAUCCGUCGGAACAACAAGAAAGUCAUCCUGAAGCUCCUCCAGUAUAGGGCUGAUCCUAGUCAAUGUGAGCAGGAAUUCCUGGAGGCAUGUCGAAGGGGUGACCAUGCCCUUGUUUCCCUGUUGCUUCGGGGUUCCAAUCGGGUUGAUCCGACAACUCUGAUGGAUGCUCUGGCAGCGGCUGUGAAGAGCGGAUCUCUACAUCUUUUGACGUUGCUGACUCAGGCAACUGACCUGAGUGAGGUUCAAAACUUGGAGGCUGUCAAUGAAGCUGUCCGCGCUGCUAGGAUCGAUAUGCUGGUUCGACUCCUGCUCGUAGCAAGGUCCCUCGAUGCUCAGAUGCUUGACGAGUUGGUUGGUAUCUCAUUCAAAAUAUAUGUCAGUGAUGCGGACCUGAGGUUGCGUAUCAUGGAUGCUCUUUUUUUCGCUGGAGCAGCCGGUAAAGUGUCCGCAGCCUGCUUUGCUGAAGCUGUUGCCAGAGAGUUGAUGGAUUUCAUCCAACUUUUUGCCAAGCAUCAUGUUGAUAUCAACUGGGAUAGGGGCAAAGCGGCCGUCACUGCAGCCCAGACAGGGCGUAGCGUGCUCUUAAAAGCCGUCCUGGAUUCCGGAGGCCUAUCGCCGGACAAUGCUUCCCGCGCCAUGAACUCGCUUCCACAGCAUGUUCCGUCAAACGAGAGGCAAACCAUCAACAAGAUGCUUUUGAGUACGGGCGCACAUGGAUCCGCGGUUGACCACGAGCUUGUGCUUGCUAUCAAACGCAAUGAUGAGCAAUCAGUAGGUCUGAUGCUUGAGUGGAACGCAUCCUUAGACCGCAAUGAGGGCGGUGCCUUGAUCGAAGCCAUCAAACUUGAGCAAGUUGAGCUACUACGGCUGCUCCUCAAGUCCCCCGUGCGCAACGAGUCUUUGAUCAAAGCUUUCCCCUAUCUUCGAGACACCCGGAAAGCUGUGCGCCUGGCUAUGACAAAACUCCUUUUAAAGGCAGGAGCAUCCGGGGAGGCGGUUGAUGCAGCAUUGAGAGAUGCAGUAUGUGAUCGGAGUGGCGAUAGAGAUGUUAUGCUUAUCGAUGCUCUAAUCCAAGGUGAAGCUGAUCCCGCAUUCAAUGAUGCCCAAACCAUUCAACAUGCCAUUGCUACCCACGAUGUGAAGCUGUUCGGCGAUCUCAUGGGGAACGCACCCCAAUUAUCUCAGGGUUUGGUCUCUUCCCUCGUCGAUGACAUUAUGAACCUGGACGACCAUAAUAUUCGUCACCAUAUGUUGCAGGAAGCCAUCAAAGGAGAUGCAACUGUCAGCAGCAUUUCUAAAGCACUCGUAUCCGAACUUUCAAGGUCAAAGCCUGAUAUCAAGGUAAUUGACAUGCUGGUCAACCGUGGAAGCGCGGAUACCGACUACGAAGGAGGAAAAGCGUUGAUGCUCGCAGUGGUACGAUCAGAAACCGACAGCAUGAUACUAAUCCUGUCGUCGCCAAAUAUUUCCCUCCAGACGAUAACAAAUAGCCUUCAAACUAUGCUAUCAAGUCGAGGCCUUGAAGACAGCCACAAGGCUCUGAGAGCCCAGCUUCUGCUUGCGAAGAAACCUUCAGAGGUCGUUGCAAACGUAGGGUUUUCCACUUAUGUCGAAUUUUGCAAGAAGGCGUUUGUGAGGGGCCGCGACUGGCCUUUGGAGACCUUCGAGAAGCUCCUUUGUUUCAAAGCCGAUCCCAACAUGGAUAAUGGUACCACCUUCAUGUCUAUCGUUGAUAGCGGCGCGAUCCAUCUGAUGACGGCUAUGCUAGCAUCUGCUCCCUUGCGACAAGAUAUCACUAACAGGGCUCUUCUGCGUUGUGUGUCUCUAUUACAUUCAAAUGAUAGAUCCGACGCGCUUGGUAGGGUACUCGCUUGCCGCCCAACAAUCAAUGGAGCCUCCCUGGCUCUUAUUGAAGCUGUCCAACGAGAGGCAAUUGAUGAAGCCCGAGUCUUGCUUCAAUAUGGAGCCUUACCUAACUUCCAGGGUAACACGCCUAUACGAGAGGCUGUUUCAACGGGGAAUAUAAACCUGCUGACCCUCUUUCUGGGUAACAACCUGACUCAGGAAUCUCUCGCAGCGGCAUUCGAAGUAGCCCUCCGACUGACCAAUCCGAAACUCAGACUUGAGUCCAUGGAGUCUAUCCUACGGACGGGUCUACGUGGCGAAAUUAUCGACCAACAUCUGAUCAAUCUGGUGCAUGCCCAAGUAACGCCAGUCGAGGAGGUUAGGAUGCUGUUAGACAACGAGGCUUCUGUACGCGCUCAAGGAAGCCGAAGUCUGAUCCUUGCCGCAACAUUAAGAAAGAGUGUUGUGUUGCAGCUCCUUUUCACUAAGGUUAUCUUCGCAGAUACUGCCACGCUUUGUUUUCAGGCUUGCUUAGCUGCUGGACUCAUCGAAAGCCACGAUGUGCACAUUAUGGAAUACCUGCUGAAGAGAGGAGUCCUUCAGGUCUUGAAAGAUAAAGCUCGAUCUUAG